CCCUCUCUCUUUUUGUUGGUGAAGACAUGGGAACAUUUACACUUUGGGCUUUCUUGAGCAUUUUAAUUAUGCAAUGUUUUCAAGGCUUAAUCUUGGCAAGAACAAUUAUAGUACAAGAGAAAGUCGAUGCAUCAAUUCCAAUCACAAGUCUAUCGCCUCCGGAGGGAAACACCACAUUCCUGGCCGGCACCAACUGGUGCGUGGCCAGACCAGGUGUCCCCCAGGCCGAUCUAAAGAUCGCUCUGGAUUGGGCUUGUGGUCUUGGCAAAGCAGACUGCCGUGCCAUACAAGCAGGGGGCCCAUGUUUCGAGCCCGAUACACUACUAUCCCAUGCAUCGUAUGCUUUCAACAUUUACUAUCAACAAAAUGGAAACAAUGCCAUUGCUUGCCACUUUGGAGGGACAGCCGUUCUCACUCGGCACAAUCCAAGUUAUGGAAGGUGUUCUUUCAGCUCAUCCGAGUCGUUGAGAGCUUCAUCAGCAUCAUCAUUCAAGUACAAGCCACAAAGCAUUUGGUGGGAGAUUGAUGUAGUUAUAAUGUUACUUCUAUAUUUAUCAACAAAAUAGUGAAUUGUUAUCAAAUUGCUGCAGAUGUAGGAAAAAGAUUUUGAAUCACCAACAAAUUAAAAGGUUUUGUGCUAGGCUUAAUGAUUAUAAUAAUGGUAACUUUUAUUUUAUUGAGUUUAUUUUUGGGCUUAA